AUAGCCUUUGUUAGAAGCUAUGUGAAUUGGAAAAUAGCCAUUCCUGUCUCUUUGAUAUGCAGCAGCAUAGAAUUUUUCUAGCAGGAAGGUCACCCCUUCAAUAUAACCUAUGGAUGCAGCACGGUGAAGCGGAUUCCUUCCUAGUUCACAUGUUAAACUAAAGGAAGCUUGAUCCUUCUUCCACAUAUUUUCACGACAUCUGACAUACACAAAAGAAGUCGAGAAGGAACAAAAAAAGACUGUUUAGCGAAUAAAAUUACCAAUGUUUCUCCCAUUUAGGGCAGCAUGUACAGGACACCUGUUCUGCAGUCUCUCUUCUCCACUGCUUCUCACCAAUGGAUUUUCCAUUAUAUGCCUAACAAGAUCAGCAUAUCCUGCAGUUGCAGCCAGAUACAGCACAGACUUCCCUUUCUUGUUGACUGCAUAUGUUAUUGCAGUUUUGCCAUCUUUAUUCUUGUCUCGUAAAACUGCUUCAAUGAAUUCUUCGGUUAUGGCAUUGACAAUAGAUGAGGAAGGGCAAAUCCUUGCAGAUGAGAUUAACAAUCUCACAAUGCCUAUGGCUUGUUGCUAUACGAAGGAUUGUAUUCUUCUAGGGACUUACCUGAAUGCAAGUUACAGCUGUGUACAACUCUGGAUCCAUGAAGCUAGAAUUCCCAUAAGUCUCUUCCCCAUCCCAUCAGUAAACAAGCUGGAGUUUCCUUUCACCAAGUCAGUAUCUGUUUCUCCUUCCUUCUUUCUCCAAGAACUCCCAUCUGCUUUUUUCCUUUCCUCUCAAAAUCAUUUAUGAUUUUCCCCAUUGAAGAAUCUCAACCACUUUCCAAACCAAAGUGCAAGAAGGUAUUUUUCAUUUUUAUCCUGAGUUGGAACUUACUUACAACCAGAGAAAGUAAAAACAAAUUAUUAGU